AGCAUACCUUACCACUGCUCACUUCAGCAUAACCUUUCCCGUUUGAAAUUCUCCUCCAAAUAUAUCUCGGACCGCGAGACUCCCUUCAAAACCGUCUAGAGGCCGUCUUCCAUUAUAUACUGCAGCAAAGGUUUCCUCUUCGCUCCCUAGCUGGACUGGUCGCCUUACUCUCUCCCUUUGCUUCUCCAAUCGUACAACACAGCAAGGUCUCACCUCUCUCAUCUCAUUAGACUCAUUGCCACCAUGGCCACCCGUAGAAUCAUCUCCCAAGAAAAGACACUCCUCGAGAAGGAUGACCGGAUCGGUUCCAGCCCAGCGGCCAAUGAAAAGUCCAACAUCCGCCCAGCCGUUCCCACGUCCGUCAUCGUCAAACUCCUAGCCUUCACUUUUGCCAUGAUAGUGAUGCCCAUCAGUUCAUAUUUCCUAACCGUGAACACUGUGUUCGGCGGCAACUCGACGUAUGCCGGCGCCCUUGCGGCCAUUAUGGCCAAUGUUGUUCUUAUCGGAUACAUCUUGGUGGCAAUGGCGGAGGACCAGUCGGACCAGCAACAGCAAGGACAGUCAGGGGAAGGUGCGCCAAAAGAGGGCAAGAAGGACAGGUGAGAAAGGUUAGACUCUUUACCCUUGUACUAUGGCAUGUAUAUGAUCGGAUCGACACGAUAUCAAAAACACCAGUCUGGUGUUUACCAUGGGAUGUCUGGGGUCCCUACCGAGGCCAUGAUAAGCACCCGGUUCUACGCAGUUGUGGCCCAGGAAAAAACAUCAAUUGGCGGAAUCGCAUCUACAUGCGGGAUGAAACGGGCUUUUCACAGCACGAUGACUAUGAAGACUGUCAUUUCUUCCCUCUCUACAAAUUAGCUUUUAGCAUUGAAGACUACGUAAAUUUGGCA